AUGGAAAGAGCGAAACGCGGAAGGAGUAAUACAUCCUCGCUUUUUGGACGCGAGGAUAAUUCUGUUCCUGGGGCUUUCACCCAGGCUUUUCAUCCCUCGCAGUAUCCGACACCAGUAGGUUCUCAAUCGUAUGCGAGGUCGAGCAGCUCGUCCGCGUCCUCGCAAAUGCGCAAUAUGCAAGCUCAACAGCGAGGGGCACCCACUUCAGUUGAUGCGGCCAGGCGAGUUGG